AUACCCCAAGAAGGAGAAGAAGAGGAAGCAUUUCCUGCCAGUGUAUUAUUUUCGCGGGGUACAGUCAUCAUUCUGUUCAUGUAUUCGUUUUCCUUCCAUCCUUCCUGCUGUGGGCUCAGGCCAGGAUUUUACGGGUUUGACAAUAAACUCAAUGGACACAAUAGACUUAAUAAAAGGUGCCACAAACCAGAUUUAAAGAAAUCCGGAUGUAGUUUCAAAUCUUGAAUGAGGAAGCGGAGGAUAGAGCAGGAGAAUGAAGAAACUCCCGGAAAGAAUCGGAGGAAGAAACGCCACCUUGACUCAGUGCCCACCCACCUGUAAUAAGGCUCUGAGUGACACCUGAGAGUGAGAGAGUAGAUAAUAAAAAUCCUUGUAGUGUAGAAAAGGAGAGACAAACAGUGGCAAGUAAAAAUCGAAUGUAAAUUUCUCAUUGGGAUGAAUAAAGUAUCCAUCCAGCCAUAUCAGCUCAUGUGCUGAGGAGGUGGUGAGUCUUGGCUGUAUAAAGUGUCUUUGGGAUAUAUAAUCUGUCUGAAUUUAGCACAGGGGUAUUUAACUAAAACAAAGUUUCAGGUUCGAAAAAGGCAUGUUUAUUAAACAUGUUCAAUCAUUCUGUGAUCAGCAGCUGUAAACAUCACUGUUUGUUGUGCUUAGUUUGUAUUGAAUAGGAACAUUUGACUAGCAUCACACAACAAGGAUUUCUGUUUUUUUAUGUUAAAAUAAUACCUAUUUGUAGUGUUUAACAAAGAUAUAUCUAGUUCUGUUUUGUGGAAAUGUAAACAAAACAGUCAUUUAAACCACCCUGAUUAUUUUUAUUAAAUUAAAAAAGGAAAGAUUUUCUGCAGUGGAGAAGCAGCAGUCUUUAUUAUUGUCACAUAUACCUUACAGCUUUGUGAAAUUCUUCGUAUAUCAUAACUGUGGAGGUCAGGGUCAGAGUCAGCCAUGAGGGGUUAAGGGCAUUGCUCAGGGGCCCAACACUGGCAACUUGGCGGUGCUGGGGCUUUAACCUCAAUCUUCCGAUCAACAAUCCAAAACCUUAACCACUUGAGCUGCCACUUCCCCAGUGGUUAUUUAUAAUUGUGUGUUCUUUCCAAACAAAUACAGAGAACUAAUAUCAGAUAAGGCUAACUACCUAUGGAUCAAAUAAGGGUGUUUUUCUCAGCUGCUCAUUUCCCUGCACCUCUAACUGCAGCCAUGAUUUCUCAGGUCUUUUUCAGGAUGUCAGGAUUAAACAAUGCACUCAGCCCUCGGCCCACCUCCAGGAUCCAGUCAACGGAGUCCAUGCAGACGUCCAGUUAUGAGCCUGAGAGUGAGGAGUCGGAGUUUGAGGACAUGAGCCCAAAUCAGGAGAGACCGCCACAAGCUUCUGUGUGCCGCGACCAAGAAAAAGACCAUUUAUAUCCAAUUACACCCAUCACAGAAUCAGAUAUUCUUGGUGCCUCCAGGAACAUGCCGAUUUCACCAGUUCUAUCAUACUACUCCAUGAAAAGUGACCAGUCGAUGAAGGAACCGCUUAAGUUCAACCAAGGGUCUGAUGCGAUGAACAGGAAAAUUGAUCCAGUCUCUCCAGCUCCCACACUGGGAUCUGUUCAGUCCGUGCAGUCGAUGGAUCCGCCUCAUAGAUUCAGUGGCAGGGAGUCAUGCACCAGUCUGAUGAUGAGGGAACACUUGAGGUGUUCAAGGUGUAAAUAUAUGCUAAAGGAGCCGGUGACCAUCCCCUGUGGACACAGCUUCUGCAAAAUCUGCAUCGAAUCCUUCUGGAGCAAAAUACCCCCUUCAGAAAACUUCCCCUGUCCUCAGUGUAGGAAGAGAUUUAAAUCUCGUCCUGCACUGAACCUGAACUUCACUCUGGCUAACGUGGUGCUGACGCAGCAGCAUGCUCUUCCUGCUCUUCCUCAGAGCGACGCUGGACCUGGAGAUGUAGCCUGUGAUUCCUGCUCUGGGAGAAAGAUCAAGGCGGUGAAGUCGUGCCUGACCUGCUGCAUGUCUUUCUGUGAAACCCACGUCAGGCAGCACUACACCGAGGAAGCACUGCAAAGGCAUAUCCUUACGGAUCCCAGAACAAAUAGCUGAAGCAGGAGGAGGACAAAACGAAUCCUCCAGCUGAGGCUUUGUCUCUGAACCUGAACGCUCCUCAAACCCUGUCACUCUGAACUCCUGAAGACUUCUUCUGUCCUUUCUGUUUUUUCUACAUGCACCUACUUCAGAAAUACCUAUUUUUCUAUCCCAUUAUUAUUCUAUCCACGAUGCUGCAGAAGAGGUGAGGCUCAGACGAUUGCAGAGGACAUGAACACAUGCAGUACCUGAGGUUCGGGUCACAAAGCGAGGCAGAUGAGCUCCGGAUCUCGUUAUGAUCAUGAUGUAGAAAUUUUGAGCUCAGGUUACUGUCUAUUGCACUUUUUAAUAGGAAACAGUUACAAUUACAGUGGCCGAGAAAACACAACAACAUUUCAGACAAAACAGAGGUAUAGUUAGGUGUGAAAGGUAGGUAUAGUGUCUGAAUGGAAUUCUUCCCUCUGAUUGGACGAGACAUCUGUCACUGAGGAUGGAUAGAUGGAUAGAUGGAUGGAUGGAUAGAUAGAUGGAUGGAUGGAUGAGAUUGUUGCACUAUCCCAAAAAAACAGUUUAAAGUGAAGGCUGAACUCCACACUUUACAAGAAAUGAAUUUAGAUCCAGGUCUCGUCCAAUCAGCAGUAAGAAUCCCAUUCGCAAUCUAUUCCUAUCUUUUCAGGUUUGUCUGAACUGGGUUUUCUGAUGUUAUUUGUUAUUUUGUUUGCACUUCUCAGGCUGCAGACACUAAAUGUUCAGUGUUAGCAUGAGUUUAACGUUUAAACUAUAACAUUUAUAUUUGAGAUUAUAG